AUGAGGCGCGCCGAUUUGGUGUUCCUGAAGGUGGGGGAUGGCUAGAGGAUUCUGGCAACUGAGUAGAGAGUUUCAGGCGCACCACGCAGGUUUUGAUAGCACAUACUCCGGCGUGUUGCAUCUGCGUUCGUAUCAGGGAUCGUGACCAGUCAUGGCUGAUGAGGGAUAUGUAGUGCGAAUCCGGGGACUUCCUUGGUCCUGUUCAGUGGAUGAAGUACAGAGGUUUUUCUCAGACUGCAAAAUCAUGAACAACGGAGGAGGCAUCCAUUUCACAUACACAAGAGAGGGGCGUCCCAGCGGAGAGGCAUUUGUCGAAUUUGAGACAGAAGAAGACCUGAAGAUCGCAGUGAAAAAGGACAGAGAAACUAUGGGUCACAGAUAUGUAGAGGUGUUUAAAUCAAACAAUGUGGAGAUGGACUGGGUCAUGAAGCACACUGGCCCAAACUGUCCAGAGACGACAGGGGAUGGCCUUGUGCGGCUUCGGGGCCUUCCCUUCGGGUGCAGCAAGGAGGAGAUCGUACAGUUUUUCUCAGGGUUGGAAAUCGUGCCAAAUGGGAUAACAUUGCCGGUGGACAUCCAGGGGAGGAGUACGGGGGAGGCCUUCGUGCAGUUUGCUUCACAGGAUAUAGCUGAAAAGGCUCUAAAGAAACACAAGGAAAGAAUAGGGCACAGGUACAUUGAGAUCUUCAAGAGUAGCCGUGCUGAGGUCCGGACCCAUUACGAACCCCAGAGGAAGCCUAUGGGUAUGCAGAGACCCGGCCCCUACGACCGGCCCUCUGGUGGUCGCGGCUACAACAUGAUGGGCCGAGGGGGAUCCUAUGACAGAAUGCGUCGAGGAGGCUACGGAGGAGGUGUAUCAGAUGGACGGUAUGGCGAUGGCGGCUCUUCCUUUCAGAGCACAACAGGCCACUGUGUACAUAUGAGGGGCCUGCCAUACAGAGCCACAGAAACAGACAUCUACAAUUUCUUUUCACCUUUGAAUCCAGUGCGGGUCCAUAUUGAGAUCGGCCCAGACGGCAGGGUCACCGGGGAGGCAGAUGUAGAGUUCGCAACACACGAAGAUGCUGUAGCAGCCAUGUCCAAAGACAAAGCUAACAUGCAGCAUCGCUAUGUGGAGCUGUUUCUGAACUCAACAGCAGGUGGCAGUAAUGGAGCCUACAGCAGCCAGAUGAUGGGGGGCAUGGGGAGCCAGUCAUCUUAUAGUGGAGGACAGCUGAGCUCAGGGUACUCCGGUGGAUAUAGCAGCCAAGGAAAUAUGGGUGGCUACAGUGACUAUAUUAGGUAACCAGGGCGGAAUGGGAAGCAGUUACUAUGGCGGCGGUGGAGGAGGAAGCAGAGGCUCAAUGAAUGGACUGGGUGGGGGAUGGGGAAUGUAGUAUUUUGUUUUUUUUUCUCAAUUAGAUUUUUUUUUUUCUUAAGCAGCAUUUUGCUGAAAGGACUGGAAAUGCAAGUCUCCUAAUAAAUAGGAUAGGGGAUCUGGUGGGUUUUUUUGAGAAAACAAGGGGUAGGGGUUUGUAAUUUUUUUUUUUUUUUUUUUUUAAAGUGGGCAAUGUUCAGAGAGAAGUGAGCUCAUAUGUCGUCACAAUAAAUGUGUCCGAAGUGCUGUUUGUCUUCCCCACUCCUCACAGAUUUACAGAUGACAGAAACCGUGCUUUGAAUUUUCUUUUACCCAGAAGCGUGCCGUUUUGUUUUACCAUUCUUUAAACACAUGGCUAUUUCUCAAGGUUAACUCAUCCCGUGCCGGUGGAUUUAAUAAGUUUUAGUGUCUGAGUGCAUGAACCCAAACUGAAAACGUCUGGUAUCUUCUAAUGUUUGGACCUUGUUUCACCUUCUACAUAGUGUUAAGCUCAUUUUUUUAAAUUCCUGUUAACAUGGUCAGAGCAUGUUUUGUUUUCUUACGGUCUGACUGUUAGUGUUGUUUUUUUUCUUGAUGAGGGCUAUACUGAGAGCAAGUGAAUUCAAAUCUGCUACAUGAAGGUUUCUACUGCUUCAGAUGCUGUUUGUAUUUCCUGUGCACAAAGUGAAUAAACUAGUCUGGAAUAUCUAAUUGAAA